ACGCAAUUUCCCCACUUCUUUAAUUAGCUUCCAAAAUGCAUCUACAUUUCCCAAUUUUCUCAGAGUGAAUUUUAAUGUUUAACUAGCAUCUUAUUUGUAGUAUAGUUAUUACGCAAGUACCUAAUUUUCGUUUUCGAUUAAAAAUUCAAAUUUGAUUGUGAUAAAAUGGUACAAAACGAAGAAUCGAUUUCAGGAACUGACGCACCGGUUCCCCUUAUUCCUGACAAACCAGCCAGGGGAGUCCCAAGUGGCAAAUAUCGCUUGGUAGGUUGGGAAAUUGACACUACUGGACGACGGCUAAUUGACGAAAUAUGCCAAAUUGCCGCAUAUACACCAACUUCACAAUUUUCACAGUAUAUAAUGCCUUAUGCUGAUAUCAACCCACCUUAUGUACGAAAGCAUGCACUUCGUGUUGUCAAUGCAGGAAAAUAUAGGAUGCUGAGAGAUGUCAAAAGCAAUCAAUUUAUCAAGACGAAAAGUGAAAUAUCCGCACUGACUGAUUUCCUACAAUGGUUGGAAGAAAAUCGCGGAGAUGCUAGUGAUGGAAUCAUAUUGAUCUAUCACGAAACCAGGAAAGCCGCUCCAGGGAUGCUGCUUGAAGCCUUACGACGUUACGAUCUACUAGGUCGUUUCAAUAAUGUUGUGAAAGGAUUUGCCAAUGGAUAUGAAAUUUCAUCAGCAAAAUGUGGUAACACCACCAAAGCCUUCACUCUUAGAAUGAUGGCAAAAAUUCUAUUAGGAUAUGAAGGAAGUGACUUCACAAGUGCAAAAGAUAGAGCCAAAUCCACUUAUGAAAUAGCUGUUCAUUUAGCCCAAGGAGAAUCGCAAGAUUUGGAUCCUAAAGCUUGCGGUGAUAGCACUGGUCUAGAACCGCAUUUAAUUGAUUUCAUUUGUCCCUUUACCAAUCCGAUCAGCGCAGAGGAGGAAGAAAUUGUUGAGUUAAAGGAUUUGUUGAAAAUACAGAAUACCUUCCGGCCCGUAUUCAGAGAUCUGUUGAGCGGAACUCGACUUGAAAGAAAACAUGCUAGUCAUCUUAGAAGACUGCUUGCGGAGAAUAAUAUCAAUUAUGAUAAACUUAAAGAAGCCUACGAAACAGAAGCCAAAGAAGGACUUGACAAGAUAUUGAAAUCAGAGGUUGCAAACGCAGAAGAGAAAGAUCUGAAUGAACUGCUUGAAAUCUUGGAUUGUUUCUUUGAUCCCGAGAAGAAACCUGUACAACCUAAAGUUAGGUUCUACCCGAAUCAGAACAACAACAGGAAGCAACCGCGUCAGAGGAGGAAUUCGAACAAACAAAAGAAUAAGAAGACCUCAGAGCCAGACAGUCCCAAUGCUUCCAGCGACAAUCCCACUGAUUCAGUCAGUGAUGCAUCACCGAGAAGUGAAACAAAAGAGCCAGAAGUAAUAACCUUGGAAGCUUAGAAUUUUCACGAGUGCCUUAUUCGAUUAUUACUAUUAACGUUUAUUUAUGACUUUCCCAAGCUUUACUAUGUUUAUUUAACUUUUUUUUAUUUUACUUAGUAGAAUUCAGUUUGUUUUGUCUUAUAUAGUUUAUGGAAGUUAUAACACUUUACGUCACUUGUUGAUGGAUAUAUCUUUAUUAGUUCGAUAACAUUUGAUUUUGAUCGUGAUACACAUGUUUUAAGUUGUGAUAAUGGGUCUUUUGAAGUAACAGAAUGUACUUACAGCAUUAUGUUACUCAAGUUGUUUGAUAUGAUAUGAAUUUAAUAAAAUAUAAACUGAUA